CAUCUAUUGUUGGAGAGAAGCAACAAUCCUAUUUUUCAUUCGCUGUCAGAACAGAAACCGAAAAAUUAUUUUGAAAACAUUGAAAUUCGCUGGCUGCUUGUAAAUUAGAAUGAGGAAUUUGUAUUGAGAGGCUAGAAAUUUAGAGUUCAUAAUAUGGGCACGGUUCAAGCAAAGGAAAAGCAUACGAUGGUCCGAGUGCCUGUCGAGCAGGCUCCACUGCUGGACUUCAAAAAAGACGUCCGCGUUGACAGAGUCAAUGUUACUGGCCUUAAGAGGACGAAAGACGACUUCAUAAAACCAAUUGUCAGAGAGCUUUUUCAUGCAACUAACUUUGGAGACGUGCUGGUCAAAGCAGACAAAGUUCAUCGCCGGCUGGAAAAUUUGGAAUGCUUCAAGAACAUAGAAAUUUUUGUAGACACCAGCAAAGGCCCAAAAGCAAGUCCUGAUGGGAUUGAGGUCACUUUCGACGUAACAGAAAUGAACUGGUUGUUGGGCAGUGUCAACGCCAUGGCAGGUUCUGAAGAGGCCGCUUUGGUUGUUGGCGGGAGGGCGCCAAAUAUUCUGGGACGAGGAGAAAAAGUGCAGCUUGAAUACACACACAGCAACACGCACAACACCAACAUGGCUCUGUCCGUCUCCAAGCCUUUGGUCAACAUGAAAAGCAACGCAAAAAUCAAAUCGUCAAUCUACCAGUCCAACGCUUCUUUCGGUGCAUCAGGCUUCAAUGAGCAAGAUCGGGCUGCUAAUAUCGCUUUUGAGUUUAAUUCUGCGCCAAAUGUCCACCACACCGUGCUCUGGGAGGCUGUCUGGCGCUACUUGGACUCGACCACGCGCACUGUGCCAAUGUCGGUGAGGGAGCAGAAUGGUCAUUCAAUGAAGAGCUCGCUCAUCCACUCCAUCACCAUGGACAGGCGUAACAAGCCUGUGUUUCCCAGCUCUGGCACUCUAAUCGACAUCACGACCGAGUUCGCAGGUCUUGGAGGAGACGUUGGUUUUGUCAAAAAUGAGAUCAAAAUGCAGGCAAACGUCAGCCUUUUCAAGGACUUUGUUUUGCAAGGCACUCUUCAGAAAGGCUUGCUGAGCGAGUAUUCUGACAACAAGACGUCACACAUCUGCGAUCGCUUCUUCCUCGGAGGUGCAACUUCCGUCAGAGGAUUUGAAUUUCGAGGUCUAGGGCCACACGAGGAUAACAUCUCGUUGGGUUCAGAGCUCUACUGGGCUGCUGGACUUCACCUUUACGCGCCACUGCCUUUCAAAGUGUUUGAACGCAACUUUGGUGACUUCUUCAGGACCCACCUGUUCGUCAACGCUGGAAACCUUGGAAAGUUUGAUUCUGGCAUGGACUAUCGAGACUUCUUUAAGCAAAUGGUCGCGAGUGCACGGAUGUCAUGCGGCGCGGGACUGGCGGUCAGGAUAGGAAAUUCUGCUCGUUUUGAAAUCAACUACUGCGUUCCAGUGAGCGUCCAGCAGGGAGACAGGCCUAUCAAAGGAUGCCAGCUAGGCGUGGGAAUUAGCUUCCUCUAAGGAGAAUUUAGUAAAUUAAAAAGUCACCGUCGUAAAUGUCGUACUCCUUUAUUUGAGCCAUCAUUUAUCGCAAUAUGCUUUUAUUAUAUCAGUCAUUCAAAAUUUUACUUAUUGUGGCCUUCUGACGCUGUAUUAAAGUCUAUUUUCUAGUUUUCUAGUCAAGUGGGCUAGACGUACAAUAACUUCUGUCAAUGGUUGUAUUAUUUGUUUUGAUGGCUGCCUUGGAUUCUUUUGAAUUGCAUGGGUCACCUCAAAAGCUAUAGUUGAGCUGCCUAGAUGCAAUGGUUCGUCAAAAUAUAGUUUGGUUUAAUAUUCCUGUGUAAAACUGCCUCAAUAAAUGAAGAAAUGUUGUUAUUGAA